AUGGGCUUCGAGAAAACGCUUCGCUCCGUCGCGGCCCUCGUCCAACGAGAUCGUCAGACGAUCAUAUUCGCCAACUCGGGUUCGAGGGAGAUUGCAGACCUUGCUGAUUGCUUGCUGAAGGACUACGUCCAGGUUAGCAUCGGGCAAAGCAAGCUGGUAGAGAACCAGCGGGUCGAGCAUACCGUCAUCGUCUGUGAGGAAGCACAGAAACUGGAGCGGCUCGUUGCCUUGUUAGAUGACAUUCUAAGAAAGAAAGAGGACAAGAUCAUCGUCUUCGUCGAGACUAGGCUGGCAGUGAAUAAGACCGUGCUCGAGUUACAACUCCGGAACUGGUCCGUCCUCGGCAUUCACGGCGGGAAGACGAGAGACGAGCGACGGCGGGCGCUGGAAGCGUUGAAGUCGGGCUCUUCGAGCAUUCUGGUGGUGACCGACCUUGCAGCUCAGCAACUCGACGUCGACCACGCGCGCUUCGUCGUUCACUACGAUUGCCCGGCAAACGCGGACGCCUACGUGAGCCGGGUGAACUACGCUUCGCACUGCGACGGCUCGGGAACGGCGUACGCGUUUCUGGCGCCGGACGACGCGCGUCACGCGAAAGAGCUCGUCUCUCACCUUCUAGACUCCGGCGAGAAGGUUCAUUUUCGGCUUCUCGAAAUCGCCGAGGGGGCAUCUCGUUGUGACAGACGCAAAACUGUACGCUUCUCCGUGUGA